AUGUUCCAGUCCCUGUUGCGGGCUGUGCCCGCCACCGUGUUGGGUGCCAUGGAGAUAGGAAGCAGCUUGGAUGUGACCUCCAGCAGCGCGGUGGUGCGCGCCUUCCUGCAGCGCGGCCACACGGAGAUUGACACCGCAUACGUAUAUGCAGACGGCCAGUCCGAGAGCAUCCUGGGGGACCUGGGGCUUGGGCUAGAUCACAAGGACUGCAAAGUGAAAAUUGCUACAAAGUCUAUUCCAAUCCUUGGGACAUCAAGGACACUUGACAAUAUUCGGUUCCAGCUGGAGACGUCACUGAAGAGGCUGCAGUGUCCCCGGGUGGACCUCUUCUACUUACACGUGCCAGACCACAGCACCCCUAUAGAGGAGACACUGCAGACCUGCCACCAGCUGUAUCAGGAGGGCAAAUUUGUGGAGUUUGGCCUGUCCAACUAUGCCUCCUGGGAAGUGGCUGAGAUCUGUACCCUCUGCAAGAAAAAUGGCUGGAUCAUGCCAACUGUGUACCAGGGCAUGUACAACGCCACCACCAGGCAGGUGGAGAAGGAGCUCCUCCCCUGCCUCAGACACUUUGGUUUGAGGUUCUAUGCCUACACCCCUUUAGCCGGGGGCCUGCUGACUGGCAGAUACAAAUACGAAAUAGAAGAUGAGAUGCAGCCCUUGAGCCGCCUCUUUGGGAAGAAAUGGGAUCAUUUCUACAGGGACUGGUUUUGGAAGGAAGACCACUUCAAGGGCAUUGACCUCGUGAAGGAGGCCUUACAGGCCACCUAUGGCAGCAGCGCCCCCAGCAUGACCUCGGCUGCCCUGCGCUGGAUGUACCACCACUCACAGCUCCAGGCCUCCCAAGGGGAUGCAGUCAUCCUGGGCAUGUCCAGCCUGGAGCAGCUGGAACAGAACUUGGCCGCCACUGAGGAAGGGCCCCUGGAGCCGGCUGUCGUGGAUGCCUUUAACCAAGCCUGGAACCUGGUCGCCCACGAGUGUCCCAACUACUUCAGAUAGACUGUCCUGGCUCAAGCUGCCAAGGGCUUUCCCGCCACCUCUUGGGUUCACACCCUGGCCAUUCCUUGCCUUAUGCUGACUCAGUGGGUCCUCUGAUCUCCACCCACACAGUCUUCUAGACUGUGGCCCUGCUCCCUGUCACCUUCAUGGUGAAGAAAGGCUGGGCUGAGUCCAACAGCAGCUCUUCCUGUCUGAAUAAAGCAGGCAUCUGGCCUGGCUGCAGCCAGGACUGAACCUCA